AUGUCGGCAUCUGAAGGCAGAAAAGAUCCUCCCACAGAGGUACCAUCUGCUCCAAUUAAUGGGGCAGGCCCAGAUCCUGAAUGGGGCCUGUGUCCAGGGCCUCCAACAUCAGGGGCUGAAAAUGGUGGAGCAUCAGAAUUUGGAGCCCAAAGACGAAGGACUCAGCACAGUAAGCAUAAGACAGUGACAGUGAUCAGCGCUCAGCGGUCACCUCGAGCUCUCUUUUGCUUGAAUCUGUCCAACCCCAUGCGGCAGUCAUGCAUCAGCAUCGUGGAAUGGAAGCCAUUUGACAUCCUCAUCCUGUUGACCAUUUUUGCCAACUGUGUGGCUCUGGGUGUCUACAUCCCCUUCCCAGAGGACGACUCCAACACUGCCAACCAAAACCUGGAGAAGGUGGAAUACGUAUUCCUGGUAAUUUUUACCGUGGAGACGAUGCUCAAAAUUGUGGCCUAUGGACUAGUGCUCCAUCCCAGCGCCUACAUCCGCAAUGGCUGGAACCUACUAGAUUUCAUCACCGUUGUGGUCGGGCUAUUUAGUGUAUUGCUGGAGCAGGGCUCAGGACGGCCGCGUGAUGCACACACUGGGGGAAAACCAGCGGGCUUCGAUGUGAAGGCAUUACGAGCCUUUCGUGUACUGAGGCCACUGAGGCUUGUGUCUGGGGUUCCAAGUCUGCACAUUGUCCUCAAUUCCAUCAUGAAGGCUCUAGUGCCGCUGCUGCACAUAGCCCUGCUUGUGCUCUUCGUCAUCAUCAUUUAUGCCAUCAUCGGACUAGAACUGUUCCUCGGACGCAUGCACAAGACGUGCUACUUCUUGGGAUCUGAUGUGGAGGCAGAUGAGGACCCAUCACCCUGUGCAUCUGUGGGCUCCGGGCGCAUGUGCAAGCUCAACCAAACCGAGUGUCGUGGGCUCUGGGCAGGGCCCAAUGGCGGUAUCACCAAUUUUGACAACUUCUUCUUUGCUAUGCUGACUGUUUUCCAGUGUGUCACCAUGGAGGGCUGGACCGACGUGCUGUACUGGAUGCAAGAUGCUAUGGGGUACGAGCUACCUUGGUUGUACUUUGUGAGUCUUGUCAUCUUUGGGUCCUUCUUCGUCCUCAACCUGGUCCUUGGAGUCCUGAGUGGAGAGUUCUCCAAGGAAAGAGAGAAGGCAAAAGCACGAGGGGACUUUCAGAAGCUCCGAGAGAAGCAGCAGUUGGAGGAGGACCUAAGGGGCUACCUGGAUUGGCUUGCGCAGGCUGAGGCGCUGGAUGGCAAGGAUCCCUAAGCUAAUAGGAACUUGAAUUCUAUGGCUGAAGAUAACUAGGAUGGUCACUGGCCACGGCUUGCAGAGUUAACUGGUAGGAGACAUGGCCCUUUUCACUGGUUUAGCCACUCAACCCAUUCCACGCACUCCACUAGCAGCAGAGUCAGUGAUGUUGCUUCCAUGGCAGAGAUCACAGGAAACGAGGAAGAAGAGGGAGCUCUGCCCAGCUGUACACGCUGCCUAAACAAGAUUAUGACAGCCAGAGUCUGUUAUCACCUUUGCCGAGCCAACCGGUCCCUUCGUCUGCGAUGCCGUCGAGCUGUGAGAUCCAGUGCCUGCUACUGGAUUGUGCUGCUGCUUGUGUUCCUCAACACACUAGCCAUUGCCUCUGAGCACCAUGGGCAGCCCCAGUGGCUCACACAGAUUCAAGAGUACACCAACAAAGUGUUGCUCUGUCUGUUCACGGUCGAGAUGCUUCUCAAGUUGUACAGUCUGGGCCCUUCCACCUAUACCUCAUCCUUCUUCAACUGUUUCGACUGCUUUGUGGUCUGUGGGGGCUUUCUGGAAACCACAUUGGUAGAAGUGGGUGCCAUGCAGCCCCUGGGCAUCUCUGUGCUUCGAUGUGUACGCCUCCUAAGGAUCUUUAAAGUCACCAGGCACUGGGCCUCUCUGAGCAAUUUGGUGACAUCCCUGCUCAAUUCAAUGAAAUCCAUCGCAUCCUUGUUGCUACUCCUCUUCCUCUUUAUUAUUAUCUUCUCCUUGCUGGGCAUGCAGCUGUUUGGAGGCAAAUUCAACUUUGACCAGACCCACACCAAGCGAAGUACCUUUGACACAUUUCCCCAGGCCCUUCUCACUGUCUUUCAGAUUCUAACAGGGGAGGACUGGAAUGUGGUCAUGUAUGAUGGUAUCAUGGCCUACGGAGGCCCCUUCUUCCCAGGGAUGCUGGUGUGCAUCUAUUUCAUCAUCCUUUUCAUCUGUGGCAACUACAUCCUCUUGAAUGUAUUUCUGGCCAUUGCUGUAGACAACCUGGCGAGUGGAGAUGCAGGCACUGUCAAAGACAAAGGAAGGGAGAAGAGCAGUGAAAGGAGACUCUCACAGGAGAAUGGCAGGGUGAUACUUGAUGUGAAGAAUAAGAAGGAAGAAAGAGCCACAAAUGGAGCAGGCAAGUGGGCAGGACCAGAGGAGGAAGAGGAACAAGAGGAUGGGGAAAAGGAGGAAGGUUCAGGGCAUGCAGAAUUCCUGCAUGAAGUGGUACCAAAGGAGAAGGUGGUACCCAUCCCUGAAGGCAGUGCCUUCUUUUGCCUCAGCCAGACCAACCCGCUGAGGAAGGCCUGCCACACCCUCAUCCACCAUCAUAUCUUCACCAAUCUCAUUUUGGUCUUCAUCAUCCUCAGUAGUGUGUCCUUGGCAGCUGAAGACCCCAUCCGGUCCCACUCCUUCCGGAACCAUAUCCUGGGGUACUUUGACUAUGCUUUUACCUCAAUUUUCACUGUGGAGAUUCUACUAAAGAUGACUGUCUUUGGAGCCUUUCUGCACCAAGGCUCCUUCUGCCGUAACUGGUUCAAUCUUUUGGAUCUGCUGGUAGUCAGUGUUUCUCUCAUCUCCUUUGGGAUCCACUCAAGUGCCAUCUCAGUGGUGAAGAUUCUCCGAGUACUUCGAGUUCUUCGGCCCCUUCGGGCCAUCAACAGAGCCAAGGGACUCAAGCAUGUGGUACAGUGUGUGUUUGUGGCGAUCCGGACCAUUGGAAACAUCAUGAUUGUGACCACACUCCUGCAAUUCAUGUUUGCAUGCAUUGGGGUACAGCUCUUCAAGGGGAAAUUCUACAGUUGCACUGACGAAGCUAAACACACCCCUCAGGAAUGCAAGGGCUCCUUUCUGGUCUACCCUGAUGGAGAUGUAUCACAGCCCCUGGUCCAGGAACGGCUCUGGGUCAACAAUGAUUUCAACUUUGAUAACGUCCUUUCAGCCAUGAUGGCCCUGUUCACGGUCUCCACAUUUGAAGGCUGGCCUGCGCUGCUCUACAAAGCCGUUGAUGCACAUGCAGAGGACAAAGGCCCCAUCUACAAUUACCACAUGGAGCUCUCAGUGUUCUUCAUUGUCUACAUCAUCAUCAUUGCAUUCUUCAUGAUGAACAUUUUUGUGGGCUUCGUGAUCAUCACUUUCCGUGCUCAGGGUGAGCAGGAGUACCAAAACUGUGAACUGGACAAGAACCAGCGCCAGUGUGUAGAGUAUGCCCUCAAGGCUCAGCCACUCCGUCGAUACAUCCCCAAGAACCUGCAUCAGUAUCGUGUGUGGGCUGCUGUGAACUCAGCUGCCUUUGAGUACCUCAUGUUCCUGCUCAUCCUGCUCAACACAGUUGCUCUAGCCAUGCAGCAUUAUGAGCAGACUGCUCCCUUCAACUAUGCCAUGGAUAUUCUCAAUAUGGUCUUCACUGGCCUCUUCACAGUUGAGAUGCUGCUCAAAAUCAUCGCAUUCAAACCAAAGCAUUACUUUGCCGAUGCAUGGAACACAUUUGAUGCUCUUAUUGUAGUGGGCAGCAUUGUGGACAUUGCUGUCACUGAAGUCAAUAAUGGUGACCACUUUCGUGAGAACACUGAGGAUAGUUCCCGCAUUUCCAUCACUUUCUUUCGCCUCUUCCGAGUCAUGCGACUGGUCAAGCUUCUCAGUAAAGGUGAAGGAAUCCGAACGUUGCUCUGGACAUUCAUCAAGUCCUUCCAGGCCUUGCCCUAUGUGGCUCUUCUCAUUGCAAUGAUAUUCUUCAUUUAUGCAGUCAUUGGGAUGCAGAUGUUUGGCAAAGUGGCUCUUCAAGAUAGCACUCAGAUAAACCGAAACAAUAACUUCCAGACCUUUCCACAGGCUCUGUUGCUUCUAUUCAGGUGUGCCACUGGUGAGGCAUGGCAGGAGAUAAUGCUUGCCAGUCUUCCUGGGAAUCGAUGUGACCCUGAGUCUGACAUCAGCCCUGGCGAGGAGUUUACCUGUGGGAGCAAUUUUGCCAUUGCCUAUUUUAUCAGCUUCUUCAUGCUUUGUGCCUUUCUGAUCAUCAAUCUCUUUGUGGCUGUGAUCAUGGACAACUUUGAUUACCUAACCAGAGAUUGGUCCAUACUGGGCCCCCAUCACCUAGAUGAAUUCAAGAGGAUUUGGUCUGAAUAUGAUCCUGGGGCCAAGGGCCACAUCAAGCACCUGGAUGUAGUGGCCCUGCUAAGACGGAUCCAGCCACCCUUAGGAUUUGGGAAAUUGUGCCCACAUCGAGUGGCCUGCAAGAGGCUUGUGGCAAUGAAUAUGCCCCUUAGUUCAGAUGGGACAGUGACAUUCAAUGCCACGCUCUUUGCUCUGGUUCGGACAUCCCUGAAAAUUAAGACAGAAGGGAAACUGGAGCAAGCCAAUCAGGAACUGCGGAUUGUCAUAAAAAAGAUCUGGAAGAGCACGAAACCCCAGGUGCUAGAUGAGGUCAUCCCCCCUGCUAACAAAGAAGAGGUCACUGUGGGGAAAUUCUAUGCCACGUUUCUAAUUCAAGACUAUUUCUGCAAAUUCCGGCGAAGGAAGGAAAAGGGGCUACUAGGAGCUGAAGCCCCUCUAAAUACUGCUUCAGCACUUCAGGCUGGUCUGAAGAGCCUGAAGGUCUUAGGUCCUGAGAUUCGGCAUGCCCUCACCUGUGACACAGAUGAGAAACAAGAGGAACAGGAGGGAGAUGAGGAGAAAGAUGACAAGGACUUAGAAAAGCAUAGGGUCCCCAUGGAGUCCUAGCCCUUAUCUCUCCAAAAUUCCCUGAUUUCUGUGUCUCUACCUUUGAAGUCUAGACCUACAUGCUCCCCUGAGCCCAGUGAUGAUGAGGGGGAAGCAUCUCACUCCAGGCAGUCCAGUGUGCUCCAAGAUGAGUCCCAUUCCAUCAGAAAAAACUCUCAGGCUCUGGUCUUCACCAUUCUGGAAGAUGGGAGUUCUCAACUCCAGGAAAAGAAAGAAGAUAAGCAGGAUAAGGAAGAAGUCCUGACUCAGCUCUUUUACCAAAAUGAACAGGCAGAAACUUCCCUGCACACCAACGUUUGGCCAUCUCACAAUCCCCAGAGACAUGUGGCUUGUGUGCCCCGCCGCCGUCUGCUGCCCCCCACACCUGCAGGUCGCAAACCCUCUUUCACCAUCCAGUGUCUUCGGUGCCAAGACAGCUCUGAAGAUCUGCCCAUUCCAGGCACCUACCACUGUGGGUGGAACUCAGGACCCAUCAAGGCACAGGGUUCCUGGGAAACCCCUCCUCAGAGGGGCUGGAUCAUGUAUGCCCCGCUGUUACUGGUGGAGGAUGUGGCAGCGGUGGAAGGAUCCCUUCGGAAAUCCAGUGGUUCGCUUCACACCUUCACCUGUCUAGACGUGCCUGGAACCCACUCGGAUCCCAGCCAUAGCAAAAAGAGCAGUGCUGACAGACUGGUGGAGGCCGUGCUCAUCUCAGAGGGCCUGAGCCUCUUUGCCAGAGACCCAUGCUUUGUAGCUCUGACCAAGCAGGAGAUUGCCAACGCAUGUUGCCUGACAAUGGAUGAGAUGGACAGCGCCGCCAGCAACUUGCUGGCCCAGGGGACCAGCUCACUUUACAGUGAUGAGGAAUCCAUCCAUCACUGCCUGGAUGAAGAAGACCUAGGAGACGAGAUGCCCUGCAUCCGUGCCCUUUGA